AUGGUCAGGCCAGGCUGUCCAGUCAUCCUGCUCCACUUGUUCAGCAUCUUUGCACAGACGGGCGCAAGUGCUCAGGAUAUCCUGUAUCCAUAUGGACCCGGCCAUAGGGAUCUAGAGACGCCCAAGAUGGAUGAUGGGAGUUCUCCUGAAAUUACUUUGCUGAUUCCCUUCGUGUUCUUCAAUGUCCCCUACCGUUCCAUCUACGUCAACAACAAUGGUGUGAUCUCCUUCAACGUGCAGGUUAGCCAGUUCACGCCGGAGGCUUUUCCUCUGAGUGACAGCAGGUCGUUCAUUGCUCCGCUUUGGGCAGAUGUGCACAACGGCAUCCGCGGAGACGUCUACUACCGAGAGUCCACUGAACCGGAAUUACUGGAGAGGGCGACACAAGACGUCCGGAAGUACUUCAAAAACACGCCCACCUUCACCGCCGCCUGGGUCUUUAUUGCAACAUGGCACCAAGUCACCUUCUACGGAGGAAGCCAGACAACCCCAGUGAACACGUUCCAAACUAUACUAAUCUCAGAUGGCGUCGCAUCCUUCAGUAUGUUCAACUAUGGAGAAAUCACAUGGAGCACAGGAACAGCCAGUGGUGGUGAUCCUUUAACUGGACUGGGUGGGACAACAGCUCAGUCAGGUUUUAAUGGUGGAGACAUCGGUCACUUCUUCAACCUGCCAGGAUCACGGUCAAACGAUGUAGUGAACAUUGAACAGUCGACCAAUGUGAAUAUUCCCGGGCGCUGGUUCUUCCGCGUCGACACUGAACUGAUAGAUCCCGCCAAUGGCUGCAGCUACAAUGGGCGUUACUACAGACGAGGGGAAAUCUUCUGGUUGUCUGACCAGUGCUCACAGCGAUGCCGCUGCCUUGACAUCGACAACGAGGUUCAGUGCCAAGAAGCUCCGUGCGGGCAGCUGGAGACCUGCGAGCAGCAGGAAGGGGCCUUUUACUGCCAGCCCACCCGCACCAGCACUUGUGUGGUCUUCGGCGACCCUCAUUACCACACCUUCGACGGCUUCCUCUACCACUUCCAGGGCACCUGCUCUUACCUGCUGGCCCGGCCCUGCUGGGAGGUGGCGGGGCUGCCCUACUUCAGUGUGGAGGCCAAAAAUGAAAACCGUGGGGUCGCCUCUGUUUCCUGGCUCAGAGAUGUCACAGUGGAUGUGUACGGUCACAGAGUCAUGUUACCCAAAGGCAGUUUGGGAACAGUCCAGGUGGACGGCUUGAUGAAGACCUUACCUGUCCAACUCCAGCUUGGUGCCGUCAGGGUGUAUCAGUCUGGGGUUGCCGUCGCUUUAGAAACAGACUUUGGACUCUUGGUGACCUAUGACGGCCAACACUAUGCAUCCAUCUCCCUACCAAGCUCCUACUUCAACAACACUUGUGGCCUUUGCGGUAACUAUAACGAUGACCCUGCUGAUGAUCCUGUGCUACCUGACGGCUCUCUAGCGGAAAGCGUGGUGGAGCUGGGGGGAAGCUGGCGAGCAGAGGACACGGACUGGAGGUGUACGGAUGGCUGUGCCCAGAACUGCAGCGUGUGUGACCCUCUUACAGAAGCCUUCUACUUUCGCUCAGACUACUGUGGGCUCAUCAACAAAACUGAUGGACCUUUUAGGGACUGCAGAGCUGUAGUGGACCCUACAGCCUUUGUGUAUAGCUGCGUGUAUGACAUGUGCAGCAACAGGGACAACAUCACCACACUCUGCCAGGCCAUCCAGGCCUAUGCUCUGGCCUGUCAGGCCCUGGGUGUCACGAUACGACCCUGGAGAUCCCGCACCUUCUGCGCUUUGUCAUGUCCAGAGUUCAGCCAUUACCAAGUGUGCACCAGCGCCUGCCCAGCCUCCUGCUCGGACCUCACCGCUCCCCUGUACUGUGCCCACCCUUGCACCGAGGGCUGCCAGUGUGACCCGGGUUAUGUUCUCAGCGGCAGCCGAUGUGUACAGCGUGACGACUGUGGCUGUGAGCAUAACGGCCUCUAUUACCCUCUCAACGACACUUUCUGGGCAGGCUCCAGUGGUGAAGAAGGCGAAUGCACCCUCCGCUGCUCCUGCGGGCCUGCUGGGGAAGUCUCCUGCUUCAACGAGUCCUGUAAGGAGGGCGAGGUGUGCGUGGCGGAGGUGGGCCUGCUGGGUUGCUACCCUCGGAGGGAGGGAGUUUGCUCGGUGACCCAGAACUCGGUGACAUCCUCCUUUGACGGCACCUUCCUGCUGUUCCCCGAUGACAGCUCCUACUACCUGCUGAAGCUGUGCGGUGCAGUGCCGGCUAAUGGCUCGACGGUGGAGGUGAAGAUAGGCAGGCGGCUGGUCAACAAAGGCCCCGACUGGAAAAGACCCGUGGUAGUUAGAGUGUCUAACCUGGAAGCUCAGAUCGGAGGGACAGAUUUUGACACAGUGAAGGUGAAUGGUGAACAAGUGCCGCUUCCGUAUGUCCAUCCGACGGAGACAAUGAUGAUCUACAGAGCGCCAGGCAACGCUACAGUGGUGGAGUCCCGUGGUCUGCUGCGUGUCCACUACGCACGGCAGGGAUUCCUCAACAUCUCCCUCUCCACCCUCUUCUACAACGUCACCUGUGGUCUAUGCGGCGUCUUCAACAGCAAUGCCACUGACGACCUUCGCCUCCCUAGCGGACGCCUGGCGGACUCCGCUGAGCAGUUCACAGAGGGCUGGCGUGCCAUCGCCGACGACCUCACCUGCAACGGCGAUUGCGACGACCUGUAUCGCAUGUGCACGGACCUGCGUCUCUACCAGAGUCCCUGGAUGUGUGGCAACAUCAACGACCCAGGGAAUAGUUCGUUUCUGGCGUGUCACGCAGUGGUCAACCCCUCGCCGUUCUUCAGGAACUGCUUGUAUAACAUGUGUGUAAAGGAAGGGAACCGUUCAGCCCUGUGCUCUUCACUGCAGGCGUAUGCCAGCGCCUGUCAGGACGCUCAAGUCGAGGGGUGUCAGUGUGAGGAGGGCUUCGCGCUGCGGGAUGGCCUGUGUGUGGCACGCAGUGACUGUGGCUGCAUGAGCCACGGGCGCCAGCUGGCCACUAAUCAGACUUUCUGGACAGACUGGGAAUGCCAGGAGCGUUGCUACUGCAAUGGCUCUGACAACAGUGUAUACUGUCAGCUCGCACCCUGUCACCCUGAGGAGUACUGCCAGGAGAAUGACGGCCUGUAUUUCUGCCAGCCGCGCACCGAGGCUCUGUGUGUGGCCGCUGGUUAUGGACAUUUUCUGCCAUUUGGUGACGUACCAUUUGAGCUGCAGAGCUCUUGUACUCUCAGGAUGGCCACCACCAACUGUGGCAGAGAGAGCGGGGACCAUGCAGCCAUCACUGGAACUUUUCCUCAAUUCAAACUGGCAGCCCGUAAUGAGGAAAGGGACACAGGCCAGGCAAUUUGGGUGAGGGGCUUUGUACUGGAGGUCUACGAUUAUGAGAUUGAAGUCUCUCGAACCUACAAAAACACGGUUACGGUGAAUAAGGAGCGUUUGUACCUUCCUCUGAAGCUGGGCCCAGGAAAGGUCAACAUCUUCACCUUGGGCUUGCAGCUCAUUCUGGAGACAGACUUUGGCCUGAAGGUGGCCUUUGACUGGAACACGCUCCUCCUGUUGACUUUGCCCCGCGACCUCUACAACACCUCCUGUGGCCUCUGCCAAGGCAUGCCCUUACCCCCCCCCACCCUCACCACCACUGACUGGGGCAUGGCCUGGGCAGAGAGGGACACCUUCUGCCAGGUGGGGUGUGGAGACUCCUGCCCACGCUGUGGCCUGGGAGAGAAAAGCGUGCAAAACGACGCCCCCCUCGCGGUGGCUGACGCCAACAUGAACAUGGGCACUGACGACGGGGCGAACGAAGUCAACACAGGCAUACGUUUCCACAUCGGAGAUGGACUGUAUGUGUUUGUGGAGCCUGAGGCGGUGAGGCUGUGUGGGCUAAUUGUGGAUCGAGGAGGUGUGUUUGCACGCUGUCACAGCAAGGUGGCACCAGCCUUCUUUUAUCAAAGCUGCCUGCAGGACACCUGCUUGGACCAGGGAGCUCAGGACACAGUCUGCAACUGGCUGCAGAUCUAUGCAAGCACCUGUCAGACCCAAGGAGUUCCUGUCACCGGCUGGAGGAGUGACACACCAUGUGUCCAGAGCUGUCCACCUAACAGCCAUUACUCCAGUUGCAUGUCGGUUUGCCCGCCCCAGUGCGCCCCAGCCCGGGGCCAGAGGGACUGCAGCCAGGACUGUGUGGAGGGCUGCCAGUGUGACCAGGGCUACGUGCUCAACGGCAAGAGCUGCAUCCUGCCUCAAAACUGUGGCUGCUACACCGAUGGCAAGUACUAUGAGCCCAAGCAGCUGUUCUGGAACAGCGACUGUACCAAACGCUGCCAGUGCAUCGGGCGAAACCUGAUCCAGUGCGACCCGAGGCGCUGCAAGGCGGAGGAAGAGUGCACCCUGCGCUACGGAGUGCGGGGCUGCUUUGCGCGGCGCUCCCAGCACUGCGUGGCGUCGGGCGGCGGGGUGUUUAGAACCUUCGACGGGGCGUCGCUGCGGCUCCCGGCCUCUUGCUCCUUCGUCUUGUCCACCAACUGUCACAAGCUGCCGGACCUCUCCUUCCAGCUCAUCGCUAACUUCGAUAAAUGGAGCACGCCCAACCUCACCACCAUCUCUCACGUCUACCUUUACAUCAAUGAGGAGAAUAUACUCAUCUCUGGCAGCACGAUCAAGGUCAACGGUACACCGGUAUCAGUGCCGUUUCUAACUGGGCUGAUGACGCGUCUGUCCACGUCCGAAGGUUUCAUUGUCAUCGACACACCCCAGGACAUCCAGGUUCGAUACAACCGCUUUAACACGCUGAGCAUCACUAUGGGCCAGCGCCUUCAGAACAAGGUGUGUGGCCUCUGUGGGAAUUUCAACGGAGACCCCAGCGACGACUACAUCACCUCGAGGGGCAAGCCGGCUGUCAGCGCCCUGGAGCUGGCCCAGAGCUGGAAGACCAACGGUAUGCAGAACAGUUGUGACGAGACCCAGUACGUGGCUCUGGCCCAGUCUUGUGACAACACAGCGGUGCUGGCGCUGCAAGGUGAGGAUGCCUGUCAGAAGCUCACCCAGCUGAAGGGCUUCUUCCAGCCGUGCCACGGCCUCCUGGAUCCCCGGCCCUUCUACCAGUCCUGCUACCUGGACGGCUGCUAUAAUCACCGCAAGGCUCAGGUCUGCGGCUCGCUGGCGGCCUACGCCGAGGCCUGCCGCUCCAUGGGCACCCUCACCACCAAGUGGAUCACCCAAGAGAACUGCUCAGAAUGGAUCUACGACCCCUGUGCAGGAGAGAUCUGCACAAACUUCACCUGUGAGCUGGAGAACGGAGGUGACCUGUGCGGCUGUCCAGAACUACCCACCAGCACUGGAGGUGAUGAUGACAUCAUACAGGCAGAGGUGACCUGCAAGCAUGCUCAGAUGGAGGUCUCUAUCUCCAAGUGUAAGCUCUUCCAGCUGGGCUUUGAACGAGAGGACGUCAGGAUCAACGACGAGCACUGCGCCGGCAUCGAGGGAGAGGACUUCAUCUCCUUCCACAUCAACAACACGAAGGGACACUGCGGCUCCAUCGUGCAGUCGAAUGGCACUCACAUUAUGUACAAAAACACAGUCUGGAUAGAGAGUGUGAACAACACCGGGAACGUCAUCACCAGAGACCGGACCAUCAAUGUGGAGUUUUCCUGCGCCUACGAACUGGACCUGAAGAUCUCGCUGGAGACCGUCCUCAGACCCAUGCUCAGGUCAGACACGGGGCUCACCUUACCGACCCAGGAAGGGAACUUCAUCACCAAGAUGGCUCUGUAUAAGAACUCCUCGUACCGGCAUCCGUACAGGGAGGGGGAGGUGGUGCUGAGCACACGGGACAUCCUCUUCGUGGGCGUCUUUGUGGAAGGGGCAGAUGAAAAUCAGCUCAUCCUCAUAGUGAACAUGUGCUGGGCCACGCCGUCCCGCUACAGCAGCGACCGACUGCGCUACAUCAUCAUAGAGAGGGGGUGUCCGAACAUUAAGGACAACACCAUCGGCAUGGCAGAGAACGGCGUAUCCCUCACCUGUCGCUUCCACGUCACCGUCUUCAAGUUCAUCGGGGACUACGCUGUGAGCUCCAGCUGUAACGUUACACCUGUGGUUCCUCUGCUGAUCGUCAGCGCCCUGAUCUCCGUGCUCCUGCCUCGUGCUCGCGCUCCUCUCAUCUCCUAACACCCCGUGAGCAAAGGAAGGCAACAGACGAAAC